GCCGGGAGGGUCUGCAGUGCAACUGUAUGCAAUUCUUUGAAAACAAAAGUUACCAGUAGCGGAUGAUGGAACUGCACAAUAAGGACGUGAUAGAACAAGGAGAAAGUUGCAUAAACCAACUCGGAGGGGUAUUCCUGAACGGCAGGCCCCUCCCUGCAUAUAAAAGGAGGAAAAUAGUGGAAUUGGCGGCGGAGGGUGUAAGACCUUGUCAAAUAUCACGGAUUUUAAAGGUGUCCAACGGCUGUGUCAGUAAAAUCCUCGGCAGAUAUUAUCAAACCGGACUUUUGUGUCCCAAAUCGAUCGGGGGUAGCAAACCUCGCCUGCUCACGCCAGAAGUGAUUUCCAACAUCGGUCGGUACAAGUGUGAGAACCCAUCGGUUUUCGCCUGGGAAAUCCGGGAGAAACUCCAGUCUGAUGGGGUCUGCGAACCUAACAGGGUCCCCAGUGUGUCGUCUGUAAACCGAGUUUUGAGAAACAUCCACCUGGAUCUCAUACCCUUUGGGACAGACUGCCCUGGGCCUCAGGAAAACGCGUCUGGUAGAGAUGUGGGCAAGAUGACGGAGUGGAGGACUGAUGAUGGUCCUGCAGCAGAAGAUAGCAGGACAGGAAAGAAACAACACAGGAUCCGUACUGUAUUCACCGAAGAACAAUGUGCAGUAUUAGAACAAGAGUUUCGACAGGGACAUUAUCCAGACUCGCUCACUAGGGAGAAACUAGCAGCAGAGAUGAACCUUUCAGAAGGAACAAUAAAGGUCUGGUUUUCUAAUAGAAGAGCAAAGUGGCGCCGGGAGGAAAAACGAAAUUGCGCCCUCUACUGUUUGGGAGACAUCAUGAGUAGAGAGAAGUCAAGCACCUCCAAGCUGGGCUCUGCAGAAGACGGUGCAGGUCCCCAUAUUCCCCAGAGUAACUGGAACCAGGUGGCAUCAGUGCACCAGGAAGCCCUAGCAGCAUUCUCCUACAGCAUGGCCCCCAGGGAGCUACACUGGGCCGCAAACCCAGCCGCCUCUCACGCCCCCUACCAGCCAGUCUCCCUAAUCACCAGAAGAGCAGGCGCUUCCGGCUACGGUUCCGCCCACCUGGCCCCUCCGUGGAACUCGGUGCCGUACCCUGCAGAGGAAAGGACCCCCCUGCCCGUCAUCCUGGGACACUAUUUCUCCUGCCUCACUGAUGAAGACCACGUCUUGAAGACAAGCACUCCUCAGACGACCCUAUCAGACACUCAGCAUCUGGGGUUGCUUUAGCUUGUAUAUAAACCUGGACAUUAGUUAUCUGAAGAUAACGAGUGAUAAAUAGCAAUAAAUAGGAAGAGACUGAGAUCGUAUUUAAACAUGUCACAUUAAACAAAUCCAGCUUUCAGUUCUUGAGUAUAGAGUAAGUUGUUGAAAAG